UGCACUUGUACUAAAUGUGUAUGUCUUUUAAUUGUUGUGAAAUUGUGUAAAGGUGUUAAAAAUGUCCUGUUUAGAUUAUGGCUGUAGCCCGAACAGCCUAGGGUCUAGUCAUAUUUUCAUGCUUUUGAUAAAUGCGCUCUACACAAGUGAAUGUGUCUUCAAAAAUGACGACAAAUAUCCGCAGAGUUACCAUCCUAUCGAUGGCGAUGAAUUCGAUUACAUAAUAGUGGGCGCUGGAUCAGCAGGGUCUACUCUGGCUGCCAGAUUGGCGGAAACACCGUCACACACGAUUCUACUGAUCGAAGCUGGGAAACUUCCGUCACCUGGUUCCGAAAUACCUGGUUUAUUCUUCGGUGUACAAGAGACAGAAGAAGAUUGGCAAUAUAAGACCAGAGGUAAUGGUAAAUCAUGCGGAGCUUACGAGCACGGAUGCAGAUGGCCCAGAGGAAAGAUGGUGGGAGGCUCCAGCGGAAUGAACGCCAUGCUCUACGUGCGAGGAAACAAGAGGGAUUACGACGAUUGGAAGAGCUAUGGAAAUCAGGGCUGGGGAUACGAAGAUGUCCUCAAAUAUUUUAUCAAAUCUGAGAAUACCACCGCCCCAGAGUACAUGAAUGAUACCAACCACGGCACUGAAGGUUACUUAACCACAUCCUUAUACAGCACCACCAGAAAAGUGAGGAAUACUAUAAUAGAAUCGGCCAAGGAAUUGGGCCAUCAGUUCAAUCGUGACGAGCAACCUCUGGGGUAUUACGAGAGUUUAGUUACCAUCAAGAACGGGAAGCGUUGCAGCAGUGCCAAAGCCUAUCUGGCCAACAAAAACUACAAAAACUUGUUCCUAGCUACAGGUGUCGAAGUAGAAAAAGUUAACUUCAACAGUCGAUUGGAAGCCACCGGUGUGUUUCUUAAUACCUUUCUUGAAUUGAAGGUCAGGAAAGAAGUGAUUCUAUCAGCCGGCUCCGUGAACACGCCAAUCAUCUUGGCAAAUUCCGAGAUAGGUCCUGAGGAGGAACUAGGAGAUGUUCUAUCAAAUGUUCCAGUGGGAAAGAAUUUGCAAGACCACCCGUUCGUCGGUGUCUUCGUACAGCUCAACGACAGCGUUGCCGAUCGCUUCAAUGAGAUGCAUGAAAUUCACACGUACUUCACAAACUUAACUGGUAUAUUGUCCAAUGUCGACGUGGCCAACAUCAUCGGUUUCAUAAAUACGAAGAACAACUCUGAGUACCCGAACAUACAAAUGAUGCAUUUGUUUUUCCCCAAAUACGAUUCAAUCGGUCUACCGUUGAUCUUAGAAAAGAUUGGUUUCAAUGAUGAUUCUCGAGAAGACAUUUUAAGAGUGAACGAGUUUAGGAACCUCCUAUUCUUCAUUCCAACGCUGCUGCAACCCAAAUCCCGUGGUAAAAUAACAUUCAAACCAUUCGGAAUUCAUCCGAAUUAUCUCAGCCAUCCGGAUGAUGCGGAAGUCUUCAUGGAAGCCAUCCGUUACAUCAAGAAACUGAUGAAAACCAAGGCGAUGAGGAAAGCGGGUGCCGAGAUUUUGAAAUAUAAUAUGCCGAAUUGCAAUCAGCGGAAGACAAAAGGUUAUUGGAAUUGCUAUAUUUCCAAUGUAGUUAAUACUUUAUACCAUCCUGUUGGCACCUGUGCGAUGGGACCUUCGAACUCUCCGGACAGCGUCGUGGAUUACAAAUUGAAAGUCAAAGGUGUCAAUAGGUUGAGGAUUGUGGAUGCUAGUAUUAUGCCGAAGAUCGUUAGUGGUAACACUAAUGCUCCGUGUAUUAUGAUUGCCGAGAAGGCGGCCGAUUUGAUCAAAGAAGAUGCCAAAGUCAUUGACGAGUGUAAACUAGAUGAUUGUACUGUAUAGUCCCAUGUUUAAAUUAGAUUUAUUUCAUAGUCAUGUGUGUAUUAGAAUAGUCAUUUUACCAAUUAAUUAUUUACAAAUUUUAACUAUCGUUAAUAAAU